UAAUUACGUAAUUGUGGAAUUAUGUGUAGCUACGUGUACACUACCGUUAUCCUCACCCUCUGAUUCUCUCACUCACCAUUCUCCACAGCUUCACUCCAUCUCCAACCUCAUUCACGAGAGGGAAGAACUUUCAUUUCUUCCUUUCUUUUUUGUUUCUCUCUCUCAACAAUGCCGACUUCAAUUCCUUCUUGAAUUUUGAUCUCAUUCAAUUCUUUCCCUUUUCUUUUCCAUGUUCAAUAACAUCAUUUAUAUACAUUACAACAAUUCUUGCUUUCAUUUCUCUCAUUUCUUCUGAAUUACCCUGCAUUUAUCUGUUUUGUAAACCCCCAAAAUGUGGGUAAUUCCUCAUGUUCUUGAUGAGCACUUCAAUGCUAUUACCCCACCACUUUAUCUUUCAUGACUGCGCCAAGGUAUCUUCUCUUUCUAAUUUUCCUUCCUGCAAUUCAUUUCUUAAAUUUUCUGCUUUGGGUCGUAAGAGAAAAGGGUUUUAUCGGCAUGUUCUUAAUGCUAAGAACAAUGGGUAUUCGAGGAAAAGGAGUUGGUGGCAGAGGUUUUUCUUUGAUGAUGAUGGAAAUUGGCUGGGUUUGAAGGAUGAUGGAAUGUUGGAGGAUGAGUUGGAGAGUAUUGCGAGUGAUGAAGAUUUGUCUGAUGAUGAAAAAUUUGAGGCGUGGAAGAAGAGAGCUGAAGCUAUUAUAGAGUUGAAGGAAGCACAGGAAGAUGUGAGGAAUGAACAAGGGCAGAGGUGGACUGAUUGGCUUUAUGAGGACACAAAUCAUGCUCGAACUUCGUGGAGUCAAGAUUGGGAUAAUGGUCUUGGGGAAUUGAAUGAAGAAUCGUCUGAUGUUAGUGAUUUAGUUCCUGAGAAGGGAUUUGUUGAGUCUGUUAGAGAUUUGGUUCUUGGGAAGGAAGAGGAUGACAUGCUCUAUGAAGACCGUGUAUUCCAGUAUGCUUCCUUAAAUUCGGCAAAAUUUCUCACAGUUUUAAUAAUUAUACCUUGGGCAUUGGAUUUCGUGGUUCAUGAUUAUGUUCUCAUGCCCUUUCUUGAUAGGUAUGUCAAGAAAGUGCCACUGGCAGCUGAGAUGCUCGAUGUGAGAAGAAACCAGAAGCUUGAGAUGGUUGAGGAACUGAAAAUUGAGAAAGAAAGAUUCAAACUUGAGAUGGAAAUUGGAAAGUCUCCUCCUCUUUCCGAUGAAGAGUUAUGGUGGGAAUUACGGCACAGAGCGUUAACAUUGAGAGAUGAGUGGAGGUUAGAGAACCGUAAAGCAUUUGCCAACAUAUGGUCAGACAUGGUAUUUGGGAUCUCAUUAUUCAUUCUUUUGUACUUCAACCAAAGUAAAGUAGCUUUGCUGAAAUUUACAGGUUAUAAAAUAAUAAGUAAUAUAUCAGAUACUGGGAAGGCAUUUUUAAUUAUAUUAAUUACAGAUAUUUUUUUAGGUUAUCAUUCUGAAUCCGGUUGGCAGACUCUGUUAGAAAUAAUUGUUGAACACUAUGGCCUUGAGGUUGAUCAAUCUGUGAUAACCAUCUUUAUAUGCCUGGUUCCGGUUGUCGUGGAUGCAUGCGUGAAACUUUGGCUGUUUAAAUUUCUGCCAAGAUUAUCACCAAGGGUGGCGAAUUUAUUCCAGGAAAUGAAGCGCCAUUGAUUUUGGAAAUUUGGGCUGAGUCAUUUGAGUAAGCUUCCGCUGCAAGUUCUUCAUAUGUUGUCUGCAACAUAUUGAAGAUUAUUCUUGUUUAGGAGGAGACCGAACAAUUGUUGUCGAGAAGAGAUUCUUGGUCUUAGAAAGGAGUCUAAGACACAGCAACGAGAAAGGAUUCUCUAUCUUAGGAGAGAACCUUAGAUCCGUUAAUGAAGGGAGUUUGCUAAUCUGAAGGAAAAGAUAUUACUAUGAGAGGACACUCGCUAUCGGAAGUCGAAGUGAAGACACUUGUACUACCAUUUUUAGGGAAAACAUAAGCACGUGGAGAGGGAGGGAAACUCACAUUUAGAGAGAGUCUAAGUAUACUUGAAAGGGAGUCUCACAUUUAGGAUAGCCUAGGUGAUCACUAAGUUAAGCUUUACAUGAGUCACUGUAGUAGAAGUAUUGCAUAUAAGUACUAUGUCGUAAAAUGCUUACCUUUCAAUAUUAGUGGAUUAUCUUUCUCGAACACAAUGUCCCCAAGAUGUAGGUGGUAUAUCGUCAAACUGGGUUACCAACUUUUGUUCCACUUGUACUUUUCCUUGGUGUUUUACUUCUUUAGGCUUGAAUUAAAAUAACUAAGAACCUUAAGAUGUGUGAAAA